CCUGAAAUGACCACUUGGGCAUAUCCUCUUCGACAUCCCUGGUUCCAUAUGCCGAACCUCAAGCGCAAAGCGGACAUGGACGACGAUGCGGUAUACUCACCCCCAGCCGUAAAGCGACGACGAUGGGACACAAUCGAGAAUGGCCUUGCCGGGCUGAGUAUACAUCCUCUACCCGUGAACCCAUUCAUAGAGUCCUCUUCCUCAAAUGCUGUCCAGCCCACCUCUGUAGAGGAACCCACAUCUCCUGAAGUGCAGGAUGUCAAAAUGAAGGGUUCAUCCUGGUACGAGCCAGAAAAAGAUCGUGUCGUCAUCACCGACCUCGACGAGUUCGCUGAGGAGUCCGAGGAGGAGGUCGAACCCUCAGAUAAGGGCAUCGAAGUGUCUCAAAGCUACCUCGACCGUAUCAAAUCCCGGGACCCAUUCUUCCAUUCAGAGCUGGGGCUGCCAUCCCGAGAACCGGAGAAGAACAUGGCGCUGGUUCUGUUCAGACCACCGCCAUCUUUCGACUCCCCUCAAAUCACGGAAGUAGAUGAUGAGGAUGCUGACAACCCUGCUUCACCUUCGAAUGAUUCACCUCACAUGGAUGAUACCUACACAGACUCCCCAAUGGAUUAUGAACCCAUGGAUGUAGAACCAUAG